AUUCGACGAGCGCCGCGGCGGUUGGCGAAGCGGAUGGGGCGCAGCCUCCCCGGUGCGAGGAGCAGUCCCCGCUGACAGAUCCCCUUCUUCCGGCCGCGCCACCCGGGAGGCGGAUCCCUGGGGCCUGAGGAGGCUUCCUUGGCCCGGGCCUCCCUCCCUCCCUCCCUCUCCUGCGGGUCACCCUAGCGGCCUGGGAGGAGGAGGAGGAGGAGGAGGCGGUGGAGGAGGAGGUCGUCGGGGGCGGUGGGCAGAGACCGCGCUCCUCCUUUCCCGGCGGCGGCGGCGGCGGCGGCGGCGGCGGCGGGGGCAGGACAAUGGAGGUGGCUGUGGAGAAGGCGGCGACGGCGGCCGCAGCGGCUUCGGUGGCGGCCGCCGGGGGGCCCUCGGCUGCGCCGAGCGGGGAGAACGAGGCCGAGAGUCGGCAGGGCCCCGACUCGGAGCGCGGAAGCGAGGCGGCCCGGCUCAACCUGUUGGACACUUGCGCCGUGUGCCACCAGAACAUCCAGAGCCGGGCGCCCAAGCUGCUGCCCUGCCUGCACUCGUUCUGCCAGCGCUGUCUGCCCGCGCCCCAGCGCUACCUCAUGCUGCCCGCGCCCAUGCUGGGCUCCGGCGAGACCCCGCCACCGGUCCCCGCCCCCGGCUCGCCGGUCAGCGGCUCCUCGCCGUUCGCUACCCAAGUUGGAGUCAUUCGAUGUCCGGUUUGCAGCCAAGAAUGUGCAGAGAGACACAUCAUAGAUAAUUUUUUUGUGAAGGACACUACUGAGGUUCCCAGCAGUACAGUAGAAAAGUCUAAUCAGGUAUGUACAAGCUGUGAGGAUAAUGCAGAAGCUAAUGGGUUUUGUGUAGAGUGUGUUGAAUGGCUCUGCAAGACAUGCAUCCGAGCUCAUCAAAGGGUGAAAUUCACAAAAGACCACACUGUGAGACAGAAAGAAGAAGUAUCUCCAGAGGCAGUUGGUGUGACCAGUCAGCGACCAGUGUUUUGUCCUUUUCAUAAGAAGGAGCAGCUGAAGCUUUACUGUGAAACAUGUGACAAACUGACGUGUCGGGACUGCCAGUUGUUAGAACAUAAAGAGCAUAGAUACCAAUUUAUAGAAGAAGCUUUUCAGAAUCAGAAAGUGAUCAUAGAUACACUAAUCACCAAACUGAUGGAAAAAACAAAAUACAUAAAGUUUACAGGAAAUCAAAUCCAAAACAGGAUAAUUGAAGUAAAUCAAAAUCAGAAGCAGGUGGAACAGGAUAUUAAAGUUGCCAUAUUUACCUUGAUGGUAGAAAUAAAUAAAAAAGGAAAAGCUCUUCUGCAUCAGCUUGAGAGUCUUGCAAAGGAUCAUCGAAUGAAACUUAUGCAACAGCAGCAGGAAGUGGCUGGACUUUCCAAACAGUUGGAACAUGUCAUGCAUUUUUCCAAAUGGGCAGUUUCCAGUGGCAGCAGUACAGCGUUACUUUAUAGCAAGCGACUGAUUACAUACCGGUUACGGCAUCUCCUUCGAGCAAGGUGUGAUGCUUCCCCAGUGACCAACAAUACCAUCCAGUUUCACUGUGAUCCUAGUUUCUGGGCUCAAAAUAUUAUCAAUCUAGGUUCUUUAGUAAUCGAAGACAAAGAGAGUCAACCACAAAUGCCUAAGCAGAAUCCUGUCGUGGAACAGAAUUCACAGCCACCAGGUGGUUUAUCUUCAAACCAGUUAUCCAAGUUUCCAACACAGAUCAGCCUAGCUCAGUUACGACUCCAGCAUAUGCAGCAACAGGUAAUGGCUCAGAGGCAACAGGUGCAACGGAGGCCAGCACCUGUGGGUUUACCAAACCCUAGAAUGCAGGGGCCCAUCCAGCAACCUUCCAUCUCUCAUCAGCAACCCCCUCCACGUUUGAUAAAUUUUCAGAAUCACAGCCCCAAAUCCAAUGGACCAGUUCUUCCUCCUCAUCCUCAACAGCUAAGAUACCCUCCAAACCAGAAUAUGCCCCGACAAGCCAUAAAGCCCAACCCCCUGCAGAUGGCGUUCUUGGCGCAGCAAGCCAUAAAACAGUGGCAGAUCAGCAGUGGGCAGGCCACCCCCUCGACUGCCAACAGCACGUCCUCUACUCCUUCCAGCCCCACCAUCACUAGUGCAGCCGGAUACGAUGGCAAGGCUUUUGGCUCACCUAUGAUUGAUCUGAGCUCACCAGUGGGGGGUCCCUAUAAUCUUCCUUCUCUUCCAGAUAUUGACUGUUCAAGUACAAUCAUGCUGGACAACAUAGUGAGGAAGGAUGCUGGUAUAGACCAUGGCCAGCCCAGACCACCCUCCAACAGGACCGUCCAGUCACCAAAUUCAUCAGUGCCAUCUCCAGGCCUUGCAGGACCUGUUACCAUGACAGGUGUACACCCACCAAUACGUUCACCGAGUGCCUCCAGUGUUGGGAGCCGAGGAAGCUCUGGCUCUUCCAGCAAACCAACAGGAGCUGAUUCUACACACAAAGUCCCAGUGGUCAUGUUGGAGCCAAUCCGAAUAAAACAAGAAAACAGUGGACCACCUGAAAAUUAUGAUUUUCCUGUUGUUAUAGUGAAGCAAGAAUCAGAUGAAGAAUCUAGGCCUCAAAAUACCAACUAUCCAAGAAGCAUACUUACGUCCCUGCUCUUGAAUAGCAGUCAGAGCUCUGCUUCUGAGGAGUCUGUGCUAAGAUCAGACGCCCCUGAUAGCACUGGAGAUCAACCUGGGCUUCACCAGGAAACUUCCUCCACUGGCAAGUCAGAGUGGCUGGAUGCCUCCCAGAAGUCCCCCCUUCACGUUGGAGAGACAAGGAAAGAGGACGACCCCAAUGAGGACUGGUGUGCAGUGUGUCAGAACGGAGGGGAGCUCCUGUGCUGUGAGAAGUGUCCCAAAGUGUUCCACCUGUCUUGUCACGUGCCCACGCUGGCAAAUUUUCCCAGUGGAGAGUGGAUUUGCACGUUCUGCCGAGACUUAUCCAAACCAGAAGUUGAGUAUGAUUGUGAUGCUCCCAGUCACAACUCAGAAAAAAAGAAAACUGAAGGCCUUGUUAAACUAACACCCAUAGAUAAAAGGAAGUGUGAACGUCUGCUUCUGUUUCUUUACUGCCAUGAAAUGAGCCUGGCUUUUCAAGACCCAGUUCCUCUAACUGUGCCUGAUUAUUAUAAAAUAAUUAAAAACCCAAUGGACUUGUCAACCAUCAAGAAAAGACUACAGGAAGAUUAUUCCAUGUAUACAAAGCCUGAAGAUUUUGUAGCUGAUUUUAGAUUGAUCUUUCAAAACUGUGCCGAAUUCAAUGAGCCUGAUUCAGAAGUAGCCAAUGCUGGUAUAAAACUUGAAAGCUAUUUUGAAGAACUUCUGAAGAACCUUUAUCCGGAGAAAAAGUUUCCCAAGCUAGAAUUCAGGAAUGAAUCAGAAGAUAAUAAAUUUAGUGACGACUCAGAUGAUGACUUUGUACAGCCCCGGAAGAAACGCCUCAAAAGCAUAGAAGAACGCCAGUUGCUUAAAUAAGCAGCACCACUGGCCCAUGCUGGUUUUUAGAUUUUUGUCAGUAAUUUAACGUCAUUACCAAGAAGAGUUUGUGACCACUCUUUAAGUUUUUGAUGUUUGCUAGACUUGAUUUUCUUAAUAACCCAUUUCUUUUAACCUUACAAGAACAAAGAAGAGGAAGGAAGGAAAAGGGAAGAAAGAAGCAUCAGCAACAAAAGACAUUUUCCCCACGUAUUGGAUUUCAAACUGCAGUCUGGAGCGAUAGCUAUUCUAGAAAGGAAAUAGACGUUGUAUGAACUCUAAAUUGAAAGUUUAAUGGCUUGGAUGUGUGCAUUAACCCAUUUUUAGAAAGUACCACUACCCAUUAAUUAUGGACCAACCCAUGAGUUAGGUGUACUGUACUUGAGAGCAGUACUCCAUGAAUGUGAGUGGUAAGAAAGAGUUCUAUCCUAGAAUGCCCACUGGUGCAACGAAAAAGUAGAUUAGAUGCUACUAAGAAGCACCUGAUAGUAUAUCAUGUAAGAUGGCAACUGUAUUAAAAAAAAAAGCAGGAAAACGAA